AUUUAUCAAAGAGUUUAAGUUAUAUUCAUUGUUAGUGCACAAAAUAUACUACACUAGCAGUAAAAAUUUUUUUUUUCCAAAGUAAAAAUCUUCGUGACUCUUCUUCUUCACCUUGAUCUAGGCAUCUUGCUCCAUCUCCUGCCCCACCCCCCACAUAAAAGAAGAAAAGGGAUCUUUCUCCUCGCACUUGACACACUAGAAAGAACAGAUCAGUCGAAAUUCUUUGAUAAACACUCCCAUUAUGGAUGCUCCAAACCUUGUCAACAUACACGUAAAGCUCUUAGCCUUCGAUUUUCUCACUCUCAAACCAAUCCCCCUCGAUCCCACUUCCUUUUCUCGCAAGGGCAAGCGCCUCUCCCGUGCAGAAACAGUAGGUAUUGUAGUAACCAGAGACUUCAAACCCAGCAGAUUCCUCAAAUUCGACAUCGACGAUGGCACCGGUUGCAUCCCUUGUAUCCUAUGGCUUAACCAAGAAACUUCGCCCCACUUCUCCCGUCGUUGCCCAUCAGAUGUUCGAUUAAUUUCCCAAAUGGCCGCUGAUUUUUCGGCCCAAGUUCAGCUUGGUGUUAUUGCUCGUGUUCGUGGCAAGAUUACUAGUUACAGAGGGAGCAUUCAGAUUACUGUUUCCGAUGUUGUUAUAGAGAGGGAUCCUAAUUCUCAGAUUCUGCAUUGGCUACAUUGUUUAAGGUUGGCUCGCAAUUGUUAUGACAAAGUUGUUGUUCCUCCUACAGCCUGAGUGACUGAUCCUUUUGAUAGUCAAUAAUCAACUAAACUACUAAAAUUUUCGUUCCUUGUAUUUUCUUGAACAUUAACUGUUGUGUAAAUUGUUCAGAAUAUUAGAAACAUUCUCCAUGAAGUUAA